AACCAAUGUAACAGCCAAUAUUAUGGAUGUUAAUGAGUUUCCCCCAGUCUUCAAUCGUCUUGACUAUAGUGAUUCAGCUGUUUGUGAGAAUGUACCACUAGGAACUGAAGUACUAACAGUACAAGCUACUGAUGGAGAUGCUGGCAGUUUUGGUCAAAUAUUUUAUAGCAUAGACUCUAAUUCUAUAUCAUGUUGCUUUGAUGUCAACUCAACUACUGGAGUCAUUUAUACCAACAGUAGCAUUGACUUUGAUACUGGUGAUUACAGACGCAGUUUUUAUGUUAUUGCUACUGAUUUGGGAGGGAGAGUGAGCUCUAUUGGCACUUUUGUUACUAUCACUAUAUUAAAUGAUAAUGAUCAUAUUCCAAUGUUUCCAAAUCAAUCACUUGCUGUUGCUAUACCAGAGAACUUCCCUGUACAGUCUCCAUUACCAUCACAGCUAAUGGCUACCGAUGGAGACAUAUACUGUAGGAUAGAUCAAUGCAAUGGUGCUGUUAUCAUUGAUAAUAGCUCAUGUAGGAAUCAACCAACUUUAUUAACAUAUGCCAUUGUAUCAGGCAAUGGAGAUGGGCUUUUCUCUAUUGAUUCCACUACUGGUGUUGUAUCAGUUGCUAUGGAAAUUGAUCACGAAUCACUUAACAUAACGAUAUAUGAUCUCAUCGUAUCAGUCACUGAUGGCCAAUACACGUCCUAUGCAAACCUAUCAGUCAGCAUUAUCAAUGUUAGUGAGUUUGCUCCCAUGUUUGAAAAGGAUAACUACACAGCCUCCAUUAAUGAGAGAGUACCCAUUGGGACAUUAGUAGAAACUGUGCUAGCUUUUGAUGAUGAUAACAGCCCAUUCACAUAUUCCCUGGUUGGUGAUGAUGUUGAUUACUUUACUAUUGGUCCUAAUAGUGGUGAGGUUAGGACAGCAAGGGAGAUUGAUUAUGAAAUGAAGCCUGUUUUCUCUUUGCUUGUUGUUGCCUCUGAAGUGGCCAUGCCUAACAUGAGUGGUUAUGCUAAUUUGUUGAUUCAUGUUAAUGAUAUCAACGAUAAUCGUCCCUUGUUUGAUCAAGAUGAGUAUCAGUUUGAGCUACUUGAGAACUUACCACCAGGCACUAGUGUGGGUACUGUAUCAGCAAGUGAUGCUGAUUCUGGUAUCAAUGCUGAUAUUAGUUACUCCAUACUUUCAGUUCAUCCUCCUUCUCAUUAUCCUUCUUUUACCAUCAACUCUACAUCAGGAGAGAUUACAUCUACUCAAAGUUUUGAUAGAGAAGAGACAGAUGAGUAUACUUUUAUGGUGGCUGCUACUGACACUGGUCAUCGCAACAGCAGUGUCACAGUGACUGUGAGAGUCAAUGAUGUGAAUGAUAAUCCUUCCAUUAUGAAUGACACUAUAUUGGAUACACCUGAAAAUACACCUUUAAAUACAGUCAUAUUGACACUGGUAUCCACUGAUGCUGAUACUCCCCCUAAUUCUCAUGUGACCUACCAACUUGUAAAUGAUUUCAAUGGAAAUUUUAAUAUUACCGGAGAUAAGCUCAUUGUGGCUAGUAGUCUAGACUAUGAAGGGAUACAGUCGUACAACUUAGUUGUAAUGCUAACUAAUGGAAAUCUAACUUCUUAUGCUAAUGUUACAGUAAAUGUCCUUGAUGUCAAUGAUAAUGCUCCUAUCUUUACCAGCCCAUCUGAAGUCUCUAUACCCGAGGAUGCUCCCAUUGGUAGCCUAGUGUUACCACUCUCAGCUACUGAUGCUGAUGACAAUGGUGAUGAACCAGUCAGUUUUAUGUUAGCUGAUAAUUACACUGGCCCUUUCUCCUUAGACUCUAAUUUGGUAAUAGUUUCUGCUGGGUUAGAUCGUGAAUCUCAAAUGAUACACUACCUACCAAUCAUUGCCUUUAAUCCUAAUUCCACUGGCCCUAUCACAACCCAAAACCUCACCAUUACUCUAAUUGAUGUUAACGACAACAUUCCUCAAUUCUCUGCUGAUCCAAUCCUAUUCUCAGUUCUUGAGAAUCACACCCUUGGACAGUCAGUGGGUGUACUAACAGCUACUGAUAUUGAUCAACUUUCAAAUGCAAAACUAACAUACACACUGUCUCAGCCUGAUCCAUCUCUUCCUUUUGCUAUCAAUCCUCUAACUGGAGAGAUAAACCUAACUUCUUCUUUAGAUUAUGAAUUAGUGACCUCGUACAGUUUUAAUGCAAUAGUAACUGAUGGUGGAGAGCCAGCUUUAUUUUCUACAGCACUAGUUAUCGUUAAUGUAUCAGAUAUCAAUGACAACAGCCCAAUAUUUACCAGUGAUGUGUACAAUGUAUCUGUACUUGAGUCUAUCAAAACAAGCAGUGUAAUUAUUCAAUUAUCAGCCUCUGAUGUUGAUUCCGGCAGUAAUGCUGAUAUUACAUUCUCUCUUAUUGAUUCCUCUCUACCAUUCUACAUCAAUGGGUCUUAUGUACUCCUUGGGGCUUCAUCCUUGGACAGGGAGUCUGUAUCAGAAUAUACUUUUAAUGUGGUAGCAACUGAUGGUGGUCAUCCUUCACGCAACUCAACAGCUCAAGUUAUUGUUACAGUUCAAGAUGUCAAUGAUAACUCUCCUGUCAUUGAUCUUGUAUAUCUCAAUGAUUCUAUACCAGAGAACACUCAAAUAGGAACCGUAGUAGCUAUAUUCAAUGUCACUGAUGCUGAUAUUGGUCCAAAUGCUCUUACAACUCUCACAUUAUCAGGAGAAUUCAGUCAUUUUGAAGUCGAUCAAGACGGAGUUGUGAGACUACGUACAUCACUAGACUUUGAUACUGGUAACACGACUUUUAAUAUUGUGUUAGUAGCACGUAACAAUAAUUCAACACCACGUUUGACAUCAACGUACCCAUUUAGUAUCAGCCUUAGCAAUAUUAACGAUAAUGCUCCAAUGAUUGAAUUUGGUAAAACAGUUGUUUCAUUUGAUGAGGGUAUCAAUGAAGUACCGUUAAAUGUUGGUGUUAAUAUUAGUGAUGCUGAUGAUCAUAACGAGAUGGGUUUCACUCGGAUAUAUGAUGCAAAAAUUGAGUUUAUUAAUCCAAACCCACUCGAAAUAAGCUCGCCAUUCUCACCCACAGCAGCUGAAGACCCAUCUGACUGUCCACUCGAGGACAAGACAAGGAAGCUGCAGUCAUGUGGCUUUACUGCUACUUUUGAACUACAGACUAAUCUUGCAACUGGUAGCCUCAGACUAUAUCCUGGAACGAUACAAACCAAUAAUGGAGCUACACUAGUAUUGGAUGGCAGUAACCACUAUGCAUACAUGCCUGUUACAAAUUCCUUUACUAGUUUCUCUAUGCUCUCGUGGGUAUGGUAUACACAAACCUCCUCUCCUUCUACAAUAUUCUCUUAUGUUAAUAGUGAUUAUACCGUAUUCAGUGCAGUGUGUUAUGAUGCAGAUCUUGUAUUUACAUACUACAAUGCUACACAGCACAAUGUUACAUUCAGAGGCUCUUGUUCAGCUCUCACAGAUCAAUGGCAUCACUUGGCUCUCACUAUAAACCAAUUACAAGGUCAACCUGUAUUAAGUGUCUUCAUAGAUGGAACUCUUAAUGAUAGAACUGUCAUAAAUGCACCACAAGAUGAUGAUAGGACUAAAAGAUUAUUUAUUGGAGUUAGUCCAAUUGGCAGUGGUUGGUUCCAAGUUGCAGACUACUUUACUGGUAGACUCCACAGACUUGCCUUCAGUUCAUCAGUAAUAACAGAGCAGCACAUUAACUGUGUGAUAGGCUGUGGUGUCUAUCUAUACUCGUCCUCUCUCAAUCCUCCUGUACAAUAUCAUUAUGACUACUCUAGCAGGCAGUUAUAUGCUUCAGGAGUCAGAGUGGUUCAAGUGUAUGAGCAAUUCCUUGAUACAAUAACAUUUGUUACAGCAUUCAGUGAGCCAAUGACUUUAGAAUAUAAUUUAGACUACACUGUGACUGAUGGUGUCUUUAACUCUAUACCAAUGCAACUCAAUAUAACUCUUAAUCCAACUAAUGAUGGACCACCAGUCUUAGCUCUUAAUGGUGACCUUGGAACUAACUUUAAUGCAGAGUUUGUUGAAGAGGGAGGACCAGUGGCUGUCGUUAAUUCUUCAUUGACUUUGACUGAUGUUGAUUCAGUCUCAUCCCCUUAUGUUGUAAAUGCCACUAUAUUGUAUUCAGAGCAGGCAGUGGGUGAAGAGGUGCUAGCAGUUAGUAAUAUUCCCCAGGGCAUGUCUGCAGUAUAUUCAGGAUACUCACUGAUAUUGAGUGGAUCUUUAACCAUCGAUCAAUUCCAGUUGUCACUAAGGACUCUUACUUAUGAUAAUUAUGCAGAUGAGCCUCAAGGAGACUCACGUAUCAUUAGUAUAGUUGUUAACGAUAGUCCUUGGAAGAGUAACACUGCUAAUGCUUCUCUAUCGAUCCGCUAUGUUAAUGACCCACCAGUACUCUCAGUCAAGUCUUCUACUGCAGAAUAUGCUGAAGGUGAUGGUCUUGUACCAUUAUUGAUUGAUGCUAAUGUCACUGAUAAUGAUAACACCACUCUUGUAUCAGCCUUAGUCACCUUUUUCCCUCCUGAUGGAUCCCUAGAGGCUCUCGUUGUUGAUACCUCAGACACUGACAUUACUAGUGUCUAUGCUAAUGGUACACUCGUGUUGAGUGGAGAGGAUAUUUUAGAUUCUUAUGCUGCAGUGCUGUCAAGCCUAAGCUACAUAAACAAUAAAACUGACAACAUUACUGGUGGAACGAGAGUGUUUUCCUUCUAUUUAUUUGAUAGUAGCAGUACAGGACAUUUUGUGCAGUCCACUAGCUUGUUUAUUCAAGGAGUGAAUGACCCACCUAUAGUUGAUCUUAAUGGAGAUGAUAUGGCAGGCAAUAGUUUCACUGAUACAUUUACUGAAGAUACCGAUAUGACUAUACCAGCAGCCUCACCUACCUUGUCACUGAUUGAUGUGGACAGCUCUACUCUAGAGUAUGUUAGAAUUGAGUUUUUAAGGAGACCUGAUGGAGAGCAAGAGAGCAUUUUACUUGAUACCCAAGGAGGAGCAUUCUCUUUUACUUCCAAUGGUAACGUGUACACUUUAAGACCUGGUUCACUCACAAUGCCUUCAGUUGAUCAGUUUCAACAAGUACUGCGAACUUUACGGUAUCAUAAUACAGCCGAAGAACCCACUCAAGGCCUUCACUCGCUAUCACUCAUUGUCAAUGAUGGGAUAGACUCUAGUGUACCAGUUUACAUCAACAUCACUGUAAAAUCAGUCAACGAUCCGCCAUAUGUUGAUUUGGAUACUAGUCAAAAUGGGACCGGGUUUAGUGGAGUAUUUAUUGAAGAGAGCUCUACACCAACUGAACUGACAUCAAGUAAUGUAUUAGUAACUGAUAAUGAUGCUAAUGCUACUAUAGUGUCACUAACUGUUAGCAUCAAUGAACUUCUUGAUGGUUUUAGUGAGUCCAUUGUAUCACUAGAUCCUAACAUAACCCUACCUGCUCCUACCCUCCAACCAAACAGUGUACUGUCAUAUACUAUUACUCCUAUUGAUGGAGCUGUAGAGUAUAUCAGCUAUUUGUUAUCAGUAUUGGCUUAUGAUAAUAGUAGGCUUGAGCCAACCCGAGGGCAGCGUCAAAUCAUAAUCUCACUAUAUGAUGGUUUCAAUAGGAGCAAUGAUGCAGUGUCACUCAUCACUGUGGAAACUCUGAAUGAGCAUGUACCUAACUUCACUCAGUCAAUAUACAGUGCCAGUAUUUAUGAGAAUCAACCUAAUGGUACUCUAUUGGCUAGAGUAAUGGCUAGUGAUGGUGACAGUGGAACGGAUGGUCGUAUAACAUACUCCAUUGUCUCUGUAUCUCCCAGUGUAGGAAUGAACAGGUUUACCAUUGGGAGUGAUAAUGGUCGAAUAACAGCAGUGUCACUAGACAGGGAGGACAUUGACAUGUACAACAUAACAGUGGCUGCUACUGAUUCUGGCCCAGAUCCUAACACAGCUACAGCAUUAGUUACAGUUGAAGUAUUAAAUGAAAAUGAUAACUCACCAUAUUUCCCUCAGUCAGUAUAUCACCUCUCAAUACCCGAGGACACUCCUACUUACACUGAAAUUGACGUUGUUUCUGCUAUCGAUCCAGACAUUCCUGAUCAGUUAUUCUAUCAGCUUAUUUCAGAUACAUUCCAAAUAUUAAAUAAUGGUACUCUUAGAUUGAUAAAGUCAGUAGAUGCCGAUGGAGCUAUGACUGUGUACAAUAUCACAAUUACUGCCAUUGAUUUAUUUGGCCACACAGGUGACACAAUCUACACUAUCACAGUCACUGAUGUUAAUGAUAACACUCCAUCCUUCAGUCAGGAUUCUUAUCAAGGCUCUGUUCCAGAGAACCUGUUGGAUGAAUACGUAGCUACAGUCUCUGCCACUGAUCUUGACUCUACAAGUAACGGAGAGAUAAGUUACUCUUUUGAAAACCCUGAUACCCUUCAAUACUUUACUAUUGAUAAUACUACUGGUGUCAUAAGAACUGCUAGUGAGCUAAACCGUGAAGAGCAGCAGUCCUAUACUCUAACAGUGUUAGCAACUGAUGCUGGCGAUAUUCCACUAACUGGUAGUGCAACUGUAGAUGUAUCUGUAUUGGACAUUAACGACAAUACUCCUUCUUUCUCUGCCACUGAAUACAGUGCAUCUGUGCUUGAGAAUAUACCCAAUGUGUAUAUAGUUACUGUCAAUGCUACUGAUCCUGAUAAUGGCUCCAAUGGCUCCAUCACUUACAGUCUAUCAAACACUGUGACCCUAUUUAGAAUUGAUGGAGUCACUGGAGAUAUAUAUGCCAUUGGGUCUUUGGAUAGGGAGACCACUUCAUCUCAAGUUUUUGUAGUCUACGCAGCGGAUGGUGGUAAUCCGAGCCGGACCUCAUCAGCAGCUGUGAAUGUGAGUGUGAUUGAUGUCAACGAUAAUUCUCCAAUGUUUAUUGGUGAUCCGUAUUCCGGAAGCAUACCUGAAAAUGAAGCUGGUUACAAUAUACUGACAGUAGAAGCCACUGAUGCUGACUAUGGAUCUAAUUCUCAAAUAACAUACAUUCUUCAAACUCACACAGACCUCUUCUCUAUUGACUCGUCAACCGGUCAACUGAGAUCUUUAGUUGGUCUUGAUUUUGAGUCUCGCUGCUUCUACCAGUUACAAGUUGUUGCAGUAGACGGUGGGUCUCCUCCAAGGAACUCAACCACACUAAUAGACAUUAAUGUAAUACCACAUAACGAUCAUCCUCCUACUUUCUCCUCUCCUUCCUACAGUGUUCAGAUUUUUGAGGAGUUACCCAAUGGGACUUUCGUUGCUAGUGUUUUUGCUGUCGAUAAUGAUACAACAUUGUGUGAGCUUGGCCUCUCACUUGGUUCUGGGUCUGGCUCAGGACUAAUAAUGCCCGGCAGUCUAGCUCCUAUGACGUCAAGUAUUACCUACUCACUUCUCAAUGCUCUCACUGACUUCCAGAUUGAUCCUGAUACUGGGAAUAUCACAACAAGAACUGAGAUUGAUCGGGAAAUGAAUUCGUCUUACCUACUCACUGUCACUGCCACUGAGGCAGCCUCCAAUCUCACCAGCACUGCUACUGUCUAUGUAUCUAUCAUUGAUAUUAAUGACAAUCCUCCUAUAUUCUUACAAAGAUCAUACAGUCGAGAAAUACCAGAGAGCACGCCAGUUGGUACUCAAAUAUUGCAAGUAAUGGCAACAGAUGCUGACUUCAUUGAUCAAGGAAACCUAAGAUAUCAGAUAUUGAACUUUGUGCCUUUGUUUAACAUAAGCUCUAGGACUGGUGCCAUUUAUCUUGCAGAAGCUGUUGAUUUUGAGACCAUUGAAUCAACUACGCGGACAUUUUCUGUUGAAGUCUUUGAUUCAGGGAAUGUUCACUUUGAUUUGAUACCAGUCACGAUCAGUAUCAUUGAUACUAAUGAUCUGCCCCCAUACAUAGCCACUGUCUCUUCUUCUCUCACUUUUAUUGAGGGCAGCAUCAGUCUCGGCCCUUUCCCUGAUAUGAAUAUUACCGACCCUGAUGUAUUGCAGAAUCUAUACAGUGCCAAUGUCACAUUAGCUACCUCUACCAAUAACACAGCUACUAAUUGCCUCUGUACUAAUAUAUCUGUAUCUGAUUCAUGUACACUAGGCUGUGUAGAGUUCUUACAAUUAGAUCCUAAAGAGUUUCCUGGUACUAUUACGCAAUCUUCAGAUGGCCACAGUCUCUUACUGACAGGAAACUAUUCAAUAGAGGCCUACAGGGCAGCCAUUGUAUCUAUUUUGUAUGUGAAUCUUAUCACUCAUCCUCAUCCAACUCCUAGAGAGGUAUCAUUGAUUGUUAAUGAUGGCGUAUUGGAUAGUAACAUACUUAUCAACAGCAUCGACAUUGUUCCACUCAACCAGUUCUCGCCUGUCAUUGAUCUCAAUGGCCCUGACGUUGAUGGUAUAAAUUAUAACAUUACUUUCAACGAACAAGGAACAGCUGUCAAUAUUGCAAGUUCCCAGGCGACCAUCACCGAUAAUGACACAAUGUCUGCCCUAACAAGACUCACGGUAUCACUGCUCAAUCCUCAAGAUGGUAAUGACGAGUCUAUAAGGCUCAAAACUGGUACUAUACUACCUAGUGGUAUCACUAUGCAUGAGUCUUCUACAGCCCAUAGUAUCAUACUACAAGGAACAGGAUCUCUUUCUGAUUACACUGAACUAAUAAGGCAGUUGGAGUAUAUCAAUACUGCACCGGAACCCCAGGACACCCAACGUAUCAUAAACUUUCAAGCAACCGAGCACCACUUGUCAAGUGCUGUGGCAGUGACACUGGUUACAAUAGUAACAAGGGAUGACAACAUGCCAAGUAUUGUUGCUAGUCCUCCAAUGAUCAACUAUGCUACUUUGUAUUACGAGACUUCAGGAGCAGUGGGUGUUGUAACAUCUGAUGCUUACAUUUCAGAUAAUGACGUACCUGCUUACAUAACAGAACUGCAAAUUUUUGUAUUUGUUUCUCCGUCUGUUUAUGACAGGAUUACAUUAAAUGGUAAUAUUUCUAGUGACAUUUCUGUUAGCCAUCUCUCAAACUAUCACCUCGUGCUAUCUGGCACUUCAACAGUAGCAGAAUACACUAAGGCACUAAAACAAGUGACAUAUUUGUAUGAUAGGGAAGAGUUUGAAUCAUUUCCAAUAACUAAAUAUAUAUAUCUUCAAGUUAGCGACACAAUGCAUUCUGUAUUUGCAGUGACACGUUUCACAUUCGUCCCUCAAAACGACCAACAGCCUCAAUUCAACUCUUCACUCUACACUGCUUCAUUGUCUGAGUCUACUCCUGUUGGAUCCUUCAUCUUACAGUUAUCUUCCACUGAUUCAGAUGUCUUUAAUACCACAGAUACAGUGUACAGUAUAACAGCUGGUAAUAAUGACGGUCUUUUCUCUCUCUCCAAUACAAGUGGCGUACUCAGUCUUGCUAGUCCUCUUGAUCAUGAACUCAUUAUGAUGCAUACGCUAGUAGUUGAAGCUACUGAUCUCUUACUCGAGGCUGGAGGGGCAGCACCAGGCACUGCUAUGAUAGUAAUAACUGUUAAUGAUACCAAUGACAAUAUACCAAUUGGUCAAAUUAAUGAGAACAGUCCUGUUGGUACUAGCGUGGGUGUUUCUGUUGCCGCUAGUGAUGGGGACCUCCCUAGCAACCAGAUAACCUAUUACAUAAGUGGUAAAGAUGCUGACCGGUUUACCAUUGACCAGAGUACCAGUGUCAUACUAACGGCUGCUGUCUUUGAUGCUGAGAUAACCACUGCUUUAUCUUUCAAUGUAACUGCUGAGGACUCUUAUGGAUCUGUUGUACAGAGCAGCUCAGCUCCAGUAUCCAUUGUCGUUAUUGAUAUCAAUGACAAUGCACCAUUGUUUGACUUACCAUUUUACCAGUUGAAUGUAUCUGAAGACACUCCUGUUGGUCAGUCACUUUUAACUGUGUCAGCAUCCGAUUCAGACGUAUCAAGCAUCAACUCUGCUUUAACAUACUCACUAAGAGAUAUCAUUGAUAUGUCAGGCAGUGGUCAAAGCCUUUUACCUUUCACCAUUAACUCAUCAACCGGAGUCAUCACACUAACGAUGGCACUGGACUACGAAAAAGAACAAAUGUUUGAUUUUAUUGUCACGUGCCAAGACUCUGGUACCCCAUCCCGCCAGUCUAAUGUACCAGUGACCAUUAAUGUAGCUGAUGCUAACGACAAUGCACCAGUAUUUAGUCAAGACAUGUAUCCAGCUACAGUACCAGAGGAUGCUUCAUUCGGAUCAACUAUACUUACAGUUCAAGCUCGUGAUGUUGAUUCAGGCUCUAACUCGCGUAUAGUGUAUGAGAUAACUGGGACAGUUACCUUCAUCAUUGAUGCUACCACUGGUGUCAUUAGUCUAGUGGGAGAGUUGGAUUAUGAAACAGAGACAUCAAUAGUCUUUGAUGUACUAGCACGAGACUCUGGUAUACAAGAGCAAGUAUCCACUGCAGUUGUUAAUAUAACUGUUACUAAUGUCAAUGAUAAUCCACCUUCAUUCCUAAAUCAAGUGUAUAAUUUCACUGUAUAUGAGAACACAGUGGAACCUCAGUUUACAGUCUUAGCACAAGAUCCUGAUAAUAGUAUUGAAGUCCUCAAUCCAUUGAACUAUUCUCUACUGAGCUCUUGCUUGAGUGGUGCUGUGGCCAUUAGCAGUGGGGAUGGUGUAUUGAGUCUAUUGCAGCCAUUCGAUCGUGAGUCACUGUCAAACUGCGUGCUGGUAGUUAGUGUAUCCGAUGGCCUCCAUUCGUCCAAUGUCAUUGUUAACAUGCGUAUACUGGACGUUAACGAUAAUCAACCAUCGUUUACUCAAAGCAUUUAUACUGAAUCCAUACCAGAAAUUUAUCCUGUUAACACUUUUGUUACGACGGUGACAGCCACAGAUCCUGACGAGGGUGAAAACGGAACAGUCACUUACGCAAUAGUAGGUGGGAAUGUGGGUGAAGCUUUUACCAUUAUGCCUUCAAACGGAAUGAUUAGAGUCAAUGGCCCAUUGGAUCAUGAGACCGUCAGUAGUUAUAAUCUAACACUCGUUGCUAGUGAUGGUGGAGGACUAACUGGAACCUCUCAUCUCCUCAUUACAGUCACAGAUAGCAAUGAUGAGUCACCCAUAUUAGUCAUCAGCCAAUCCAGCUAUACUUAUACAGAAGAGGCUGGCCUUGUAUCCAUUACCAGUUCACUGCAACUCAUCGAGCCUGAUCUACUCCAAAGCAAUAUAGAAGAAGCUCUGAUAAUACUAUCAGUAGAGACUAGCUGUCAAGAUGAUGAACAUACUUUUGCUUGCCCAUCCGAUUUUGAUUGCUUUUAUUACUGCAGUGAAGGCCUUGCAUUAAACAAGUCACUAUACAAUUCACUCUCUGUAUCAUACUCUACUAAUACGUCUACUAUUACUAUCAGUGGUGCAGGAUCACCUGCAACUUAUGAGUCUCUCCUCUCUUCUCUCCACUACUUCAAUGGAUUCUCAGAGCCGUAUCCUGGUGGUAGGAUGGUUGAACUAUCAGUCUUUGAUGGAGUCCAUCAUUCCAAUACUCUAGCCAUUAACAUCACUGUUAGUGUCAUUGAUGAUAAUUGUCCUGUGAUUACAUCAUCUUUGUCUCAAAUUGAUUUCACCGAAGGCGAUCAUUACCUUGAUAUUGGGCUGGGAUUAGGCUUGAUGCUAACUGAUUCUGAUCAACAUAAUAUUUCUCAUCAAAUCAUCUCUGGUGUUCAGGUAACACUAUUAAAUGGAAACAGUCUAGAAAGGCUAACUGUCAAUACAACUGGCCUCCCACUGAUGGUUCAAGAUAUGACUUUGUCUAAUGGUCGUGCUAUUGAAAUAAGUGGUCCUGCAUCUAUUGCCACUUAUCAAAAUGUUCUCCGGACCCUACGGUACGAAAACCCUGUCCCAGAACCAACCAAAGGUCUUCGUUUGGGUAGUAUAGCACUGUUAUCGGAGCAGUGCCCUAUGUAUAGCCUGAACUAUUCUGUUAAUGUCAUCACUGUUAAUGACAAUGCUCCAGUCAUAGCUACCAAUGCUACAAUGGUUGACUAUAGAGAAGGGAGUGGUAGCUUACUAAUCUCAAUGAUCAUUGAUUUCACUCUAACUGAUCUUGAUACUGAUUUCCCUAUACACAAUGCAACACUGAUCUUAACACCGGGUGAUAUAAGAGACAGUGGGCAUGAGUCACUCUCUGUGGACACCAGCCUGAUACCGGCUGGAAUUUAUUUUGAAGCUAGUGGUGGUCAGACCCAGCUAUCAUUCGUGGGACCUUCCUCAGUCUCUAAUUAUCAAGAGCUCAUUCGUUCACUAAGUUACAGUAAUACAGCAUCAGAGCCUACUCUUGGUAACAGGACACUGACUAUUACUGUAUCUGAUGGAGCAUUCACUACACAGACCACUCUUACCAUCCGUGUCUUAACUGUGGACGAUAACCCACUACAAUUAAAUGGAACUAUGUUGAUAUUUCCUUUCUAUGAAGGGAACACGACUAUAGAACUGUAUGGCUUCCUGUUGUACGAUCCUGAUGAGGGAGCUCAAGUAUAUAGUCUUAAUAUAUCAUUGAGUGAUAGUCUGGGGGAUGAGGAAAUAUCUGUCACUGCAUUUGGUGAUGUCAUAACAAGCUCUGAUACUAUCAGUAUCACUACUGUUGACAGUAUAUCAACUUAUCAGGCUAUUCUUGACUCAUUGUCAUAUUCUUAUACAACCAUUAAUGAUUCUGAGCCAUUGCCAGGCCCCAGGGAACUAACAAUUACUGCUACUAAUGGAGCCUUCCCUUCUUCAUCUGUAUCCACUAUCAUCAAUGUAAUACCUAUCAACAAUAAUCCUCCAAUGCUCAGUUUUGGAGGGAAUACUGAAGCAGUUUUUACUGAGGCAGCUGGUUCUGCUACAGUCCUACCUGUUGGUGCCAUCAAUCAGCCAGUGAUCACUGACUAUGAUAAUAAUGAGAUAUUCUUUAUUCAUGAAGCUACUGUUAGGCUGGUUGGAGCUCUUGAUGGUACUAGUGAGAAGUUGAAUUUGAGUAUGUCCUUUUUGCCAAAUGGUUCAAAUGCAGCAGUUACUCCACACAGUAUUACAAUCUCUGGUCCUGCUCCAUUACUAAUCUAUCAACAGAUCCUCUCUACCAUUACCUACACUAACACAGCACCUGAGCCAUCAAUGGGUAACAGAUCCAUCCAGUACAGAGUAAAUGAUGGCAUAUUCAGUAGUGAUAUAAUACAAAGCACAGUAUCAGUCUCAUUGAUUAAUGAUAACCCACUGAUACUCACUUGUGAUGGACAGACUAACCAAUUCACUGAGGGGUCCGGGGAAGCCAUUUUUAUUGGGCCCUCUGUCAGCGUUAGUGAUCUUGACUCUGAUCAUGUGAUUAGCGGAGCUGAUGUGAUGAUUGUUAACGGGUUCAGUGGUGACUUUAUUAGUCUACCUCAGAGUGCAGUGAGUGGAUUGCAUGUUACAGUAGGGGUUAAUGAUACUUCACUGAGGAUAGAGGGAAAUGGAACUGCAGCUGAAUAUCAGAGUUUUCUUCGUUUAUUAAUAUUCUUUAAUGGUGAAGAGGAGCCAAAUUCUGCUAUACGACAGAUACGAGUCAUUCUCCAUCAGCCAGACCCAUCAACAGCUGUCAGCUGCUCGAUCAUAAUUAACAUGAUUUUGAUCAAUGAUCACGUUCCGAUAGUUGAUCUCAACGGUCUUGAAUCAAAUGGAAUCAACUACACAACUUCUGUUGUCUGGGAGUAUCAAGCUGUGAAUCAAGUCAAGAUUGCUGAUGCUGAAUAUACCAGUGUCACUGAUUCUGAUUCUAACAGCGUUAUACUGAGCAUGAAUAUCACUCUGGUUUUGUCUACUGAAGGUGAUGCAAUAGUUUCUGAUGUAGGAGCUUGCAGUAUUUCAACGCCUACUGGAACAUGCUACCUGAAUAUUUCUUCACCAUCUUGUUCUUGCAGUACUCCUAUUCCUUCAGAUCUCAUUAUCUCCUUCACUCCAAUUUCUUUCUAUAUCACACAAUCUGGCUCUCUGCCCUCUCUCUUCUUCCAGAACCUCUUGAGGGAUCACAUUUACUUCAGACCUUCUUCUGACCGUGCCAAUGGCUCCUCCGCUGUUGUCAUGGUAACUGUAAGCGAUGGUGAUUUUGUGAGCAAACCAGCAUACAGUUUUAUUGACGUCACAUUCAGAAAUAGUAGACCCAGAGUACUGAUUGAUGGAGAGUCGUCUGGUAGCGUAUCCGUGAUUGAUGGUCAAACAGAGUUACAGGUGUCAACUAGUGUCGUCGUAUCAGACGAUUCUAACAUGAUAUCUCAAAUAUCAAUUCAUCUCCUUAACCCUGUUCACACCGAUAGUGAGAUGAUAUCAUUGUCACUAACUGGAAUAUCAGGAAUAACUUUAAAUCCAUCUAGUAAUGCAACAUACAUUUUACUUGAGGGAACAAGCAGUUCGGUUAACUAUAACAAUGCAUUGAGAACAUUAACUUAUUCUUAUUCACGCAUGAGCAGUUUACUUGAAAACCAACCAAAUGUUUUUGAAAACAGAUACAUUGAAAUAGUAGCUACUGAUAAUGACGAAGCUGUAAGCUUAGCAGGGACCCUUAUUGUUACAUUCAACAGAACCUGUACCAUGUACUCAAUGGGCAGUACUAUCAAAGUACCAUCGAAGCUAUCAUCAGACAGACUGACAGUAUGUACUGCAAUAUCUGGUUUGACUUUGGAGUUUGAUGGUGUAGCAAAUCUAUCUUCAUUGGUCAAUGUUCAGUCUCUUUCAUCUCUUGUUAUUGAGAACCAGCCUGAUCUCACAUCAUUGAAGGGGCUUGAGAACCUUGCAUCAAUCAAUGAACUAGUCAUUAAUAAUGCACAGAAUCUGGUAACACUGGAGGAUCUUGGAGCCAACCUACCACCAGACUACAGGACCAAUGUACACAGCAUUGGUAUUCAUAAUGAUCCUGCACUAGUUGAUCUUGAUGGACUUAGAAUAUUUGAGAAUGUUACCAAUGUUAUAUCGAUACAAAAUUGCCCUAAUUUACGAGACAUGUCUGGUACUAAUAACAUUGUCUUUGCUGAGACCAUUAUAUUGAAUGGUAUCAGUAUGUCUACCAUAACAUCCUUCACUUCACUGUACCGUGCUACUAGUAUAUGGUUCUAUAGAAACAAUCUUCUGAGGAGUAUCACUGGUUUCAAUAGCUUACGUGAUGCUGAUAUGAUUAACAUCAUACAAAACCCACUUCUGACUAACAUUGAUGGUCUCAGUGGAGUAAGGAGGGUUAAUGUAGUCAGAUCAUUCUUCAACCCCAACCUGUGUUACAUUGGUACUAAUGCAUCUAAUCCAGCUUACUGGCAGGAACUCGGUGCUGAUACAAUGGGUGAUUUUGUCACUGGCCCUUGCCCAUCACGUACCUGUUCCUCUUCCCCUUGUCUUAACAAUGGUACUUGCACAGAUACACCACAGCUAAUGUGCUCAUGUCCUGACAACUAUUUUGGCUCCAACUGUCAGUAUUUCAAUGACUGUACAACAAAUCCAUGCAUGAACAAUGGUACCUGCACUCCUCAUCCCAAUCCAGUGACCUAUAACAUGCAGUUUAUCUGUCAGUGUCCUCCUGCUUAUACUGGGGAUAGGUGUGAGACCUCUCUUUGAGUCUAACUUAUUUUUUAAUGGAUAGUCACACUUGUUUUGAUUUGGUUGUGUUUUUGGACACUCUCACUUACUUAGUUUUAAGAUAUUAGAUUUUUUAGUGUUUAUAAGGAACUUUUUAUAAAGCUUUUGUAUUAUUUAGUAAAGGACUAUAUAUUUUAUCCUAUUUUUUAUUACAUUUA